GGCACUUGCUUUUAGCCACAGCAGGGCAGAAUUUCAUGAAGUGACUCAAAGGAGGAAUCUAAUAACAGCAGCAGAUUUAAUGCUCAGCCUGUGGACAUUAAACAACACACGUGUGGACAAGAUCCCUGCUCUAAAGUAACACGGGAACCAAACAUCAGAAGGAGCAGAACGAAGGAGCCGGAAGACAUUUAAUGAUGCGCUCGGGUUGUGCACUUCCGGUGAAGAGUCCCUUUUGUUUUGGGUCACACACACAUACACACUUUAGCUGUUAGCUAGCAGGCUUGUGCAGGACCUCAGACACACAAACACAACGUUCAUCGCCUCCAUGACACGGUUAAUAUGUGCCGAGGGAACACCAGGAGCGGACUUACACAGCUGUCACUCUUAUUAUUAUUAGCUAAGUGUUUAGUUAGCGAGGUUAGCAGCAACAGACAUGGGGAGAUAUUUAGCAAUGUACUCGGAUAUCUGUUUAACUCGGUGUCUCGCGGGUUGAGUGUUUAACUUCUUCUUCACAGAGACUCGUCUGUCUGAACCAUGUGAGAGAUAAAACAGGCAUCAGCUCUGGUCUUCCCAAUGGGCGAGGAGAAACCGGAGACGCUGGAUUUCGUCAAGGACUUUCAGGAGUAUCUAAGCCAACAAACCCAACAUGUGAACAUGAUCUCAGGCUCCGUCAGCGGUGUGAAGGACACGGAAGAUGUUCCGACAGAUCUGGGACACAAUGGACUGGAUCAUCCACCGGUGGACAUUUCUCUGGAUGAUGGGUCCAACAUGCUGGUGGAUGGCUUCGAGAGGACAUACGACGGGAAGCUGAAGUGUCGUUACUGCAACUACGCUACCAGAGGAACGGCGCGGCUCAUAGAGCACAUCCGCAUCCACACGGGGGAAAAACCACAUCGUUGUCAUCUUUGUCCCUUCGCCUCUGCCUAUGAGCGCCACCUGGAGGCGCACAUGCGCUCUCACACUGGUGAGAAACCGUAUAAAUGUGAGCUGUGUGCGUUUCGGUGCAGCGACCGCAGCAACCUUUCGCACCACCGACGCAGACGCCACAAAAUUCUUCCCACUAAAGGCACUCGCUCAACUCCUCCUUCUCACCGCCGAACAAUCUCAGCGCUGUCCAAACGGGGUGGGGCUUUUGCAUACGGUCGUCGCAUUCUCGUCGACCUCGGCCUGCACAGGAAAAGCGACGCAGACGAGAACGGCGGCGCAAACGAUGAGCGGAAUGACCUGCACAGUCCCUACAUCAGCUUAGCUGCAAAAGACGUAGAGAAAACGAACGAUUUGGAACAUAACCCUCUUAGUCAGCUCUCCGCGCUGGCUGGGCAACUGUCCAGCCUCCCGUCUGAGACGCCGGCUUCCCCGGGGGCAGAUUCUCUACCCGAAGAAAAACCCUCUUUCCUCAUACAAUCGCCACCCGCCAUUUCCAGCAACGUCUCCUGUCCCAUUGUGACACUCACGUCGAUGCCCGACAUUAGGGACACGGCCCACGGGGGGCAGUGCAGUGACCGAACGAGCACGCCUAGCAACAGUGGAACUAACAGCCAGCCCGGAACCCCGAACCCGAGCCACGAGCCGCAGUUGCUCCACCACUGUCCCCACUGCCACAUCUACUUCCCAGAUAAUGUUCUCUACACCAUUCACAUGGGUUGCCAUGGCUAUGAAAAUCCUUUCCAGUGUAACAUCUGUGGGCACAGGUGCAGAAACAGGUACGACUUUGCCUGCCACUUUGCUCGGGGACAGCACAAACAGUAAACCUCUGGAGCUCGGAAGAGACAGUCAUCGUUACCGUAGGAUGUCGUAGUUAUGUGCAGAUCUGGGAACUGAGACGCCUUAAGUGUAGGACACUCUGAUGACUCUAACCCCAUUUAUGUUCUAAUAAAACAUAGCCGUAGACCAUCCACCUCUGGAUGGAUCAGAACUAUCCAAUCAGAGGACCAGACACAGGAAGUGUUAGCUUUACAAACAGCGGCUCAGAAUGUUACCACAGGAACCUUUUGUAGAGGGAGUGAAAUGUUUUCACGUGCCUUCUUAGGCAUUGCCUGAAUUCGCUCAAAUGAUCAUAUACGUUACCGCAGAACCUAAAUUACUUGUGCACCCGGCAUCGGGUUUUACUUUGCACUUCCUGUUUGGUUGAACUGCUGUGAUACAUGAUGCAGGAUUGUGUGUUCACGAGAGGGUGACACACACGUGGAGAAUCAGGAUGGAACCGGCUGGGGUUCCAUUUUCUGGUCAGAGUAGAAAAAAAGUGUAUCUUAAUUUAUAAUCUAUUUCCUGUUUAUAUGAAGUUAAAAAUGUGAAUCUUUUAUGUA